AUGCGGGCCUGGGCGGUCGUGCUGGGCUGCGCGCUGUGCUGCGCCCUGGCGCGGGGCUCUGAGGACAUCGUGGUGGGCUGCGGCGGCUUCGUCAAGUCCGACGUGGAGAUCAACUACUCCCUCAUCGAGGUGGGCGCCGUCGCCGCCCCUCUCAUUAAGUUGUACACAAAGCAUGGUACUCUCAAAUACCAAACAGAUUGCGCUCCAAACAACGGGUAUUUCAUGAUUCCCCUCUAUGAUAAGGGGGAUUUCAUUCUUAAAAUUGAGCCUCCUCUGGGAUGGAGUUUUGAACCCACCAGUGUAGACAUCCAUGUAGAUGGCAUUAAUGACAUUUGCACAAAGGGAGGCGAUAUUAACUUUGUGUUCACAGGGUUUUCUGUGAAUGGAAAGGUGCUCAGCAAAGGUCAGUCGUUAGGUCCUGCUGGAGUCCAGGUUGUACUGAGAAACGCUGGCAGUGAUGUAAACUUACAAGCAACUAUUACCCAACCUGGAGGAAAGUUUGCUUUCUUUAAAGUGCUUCCUGGAGAAUAUGAAAUCUUUGCAUCUCAUCCCACAUGGAUGUUGAAAGAGUCAAGUACAGUGGUACGGGUGACCAGUUCUAAUGCUUAUGCUGCUAGCCCUCUGAUUGUUGCUGGCUACAACGUGUCUGGGUCAGUAAGGAGUGAUGGAGAACCCAUGAAAGGGGUCAUGUUCCUGCUUUUCUCCUCCUCGGUCACUAAAGAGAUACCAUUCUACAGAGGAGAAAGAAUUACCUUUGAUGUUGCACCAUCUAGAUUGGACUUCUUUGUAGAACAUGACAGCUUACAAAUUGAGCCUGUUUUCCAUGUGAUGGGUUUCUCUGUCACAGGCAGAGUGUUGAACGGUCCUGAAGGAGAAGGAGUUGCUGAUGCCACUGUGACACUAAACAAUCAGAUUAAAGUGAAAACAAAAGCUGAUGGAUCUUUCCGUCUUGAGAACAUAACAACAGGUACAUACACAAUUCAUGCCAAGAAAGAGCAUCUCUUCUUUGAUACUAUCACUGUGAAGAUCGCACCAAAUACGCCUCAGCUAGCAAACAUCAUUGCAACAGGAUUCAGCGUGUGUGGGCAGAUCUCAGUAACUCGUUUACCUGAUGCAGUCAAACAGAUCAAUAAAUAUAAGGUAACCAUGGUGCCUCAGGACAAGGACAAAGCAUCAGCAGUUACAACAGAAACUGACCCUCAUGGAGCAUUUUGUUUUAAGGCAAAAUCGGGUACAUACAAUGUUAAGGUAAUUAUUCCAGAGGCUGAGACCAGAGCAGGAUUGGCUUUGAAACCCAAAGUGUUCCCUGUUACUGUUACAGACAGACCUGUCAUGGAUGUGACCUUCUCUCAGUUUUUGGCGUCAGUGUCGGGGAAGAUCUCUUGUUUAGAUGCUUGCGGUGAUCUGAUGGUGAUGUUGCAGUCUGUGAGCCGCCAGGGUGAAAAACGUAACCUUCAGCUCUCUGGAAGUACAGACUCAGUAGCCUUCACAUUUGAAAAUGUGCUACCUGGCAAAUACAAAGUAAGCAUUGUACAUGAAGACUGGUGCUGGAAGAAUAAAUCUCUGGAGGUGGAAAUCAUGGAGGAAGAUGUUUCAGGAAUAGAAUUCAGGCAGACUGGAUAUAUGCUGAGGUGUUCCCUUUCUCAUGCGAUUACACUGUUGCUAAUAGUGAACUGUGUUGUGGCUUCACAGGAAUUUUACCAGGAUGGAAAUGGACCAGAGAAUGUUGGUGUUUAUAACUUGUCUAAAGGAGUUAAUAGAUUCUGUCUUUCAAAGCCAGGUGUGUACGAAGUGACCCCGCGUUCCUGCCACCAGUUUGAACACGAGUAUUACACUUAUGACACGUCCUCUCCUAGUAUACUGACGCUCACUGCUGUUCGACACCAUGUCCUUGGCACGAUUGUGACAGAUAAACUGAUGGAUGUGACUAUUACCAUUAAGUCAUCUAUUGACAGUGAACCUGCCUUAGUUUUAGGGCCAUUGAAAUCUGUGCAGGAGUUACGCAGGGAGCAGCAGCUGGCAGAAAUUGAGACCCGCCGACAGGAGAGAGAAAAGAAGGGCCAAGAAGAGGAGGGAACAAAGCCACCAGUGCAAGAGAUGGUGGAGGAACUUCAAGGACCAUUUUUAUAUGAAUUUUCAUACUGGGCAAGGUCUGGUGAGAAAAUUACUGUGACACCAUCUUCAAAAGAGCUUCUUUUCUACCCGCCUUAUGUGGAAACAGUUGUUAGUGGAGAGAGCUGUCCUGGAAAGCUGAUAGAGAUUCAUGGGAAAGCAGGCUUAUUCAUGGAAGGGCGGAUUCAUCCUGAAUUGGAAGGUGUUGAGAUCGUCAUUGGUGAAAAGGGAGCACCUUCCCCUCUCAUCACAGUUUUCACUGAUGACAAAGGUGCUUACAGCGUUGGGCCACUCCACAGUGACUUGGAAUAUACAGUAACUGCUCAGAAAGAAGGAUUUGUUUUGACUGCAGUAGAAGGAACGGUUGGUGACUUCAAAGCUUUUGCUCUUGCUGGUGUGACAUUUGAGAUCAAAUCCGAGGAUGACCAGGCUCUUGCUGGAGUGCUCUUGUCUCUCAGCGGAGGGGUGUUCCGGUCCAACCUCCUUACGCAGGAUAAUGGCAUGCUGACUUUUUCCAAUCUGAGUCCAGGGCAGUAUUAUUUUAAACCCAUGAUGAAAGAAUUUCGCUUUGAACCAUCAUCUCAAAUGAUCGAAGUGCAGGAAGGACAGAAUCUUAAAAUUCAGAUAACUGGUUACAGAACAGCUUACAGCUGUUACGGCACGGUUUCUUCAUUAAAUGGAGAGCCUGAGCAAGGAGUCUCAGUAGAAGCUGUGGGGCAGGAAAGAUGUAGCAUCUAUGGAGAAGACACAGUAACUGAUGAAGAGGGCAAGUUCAGGCUACGUGGCCUUCUGCCAGGUUGUGUGUAUCAUGUACAACUCAAAGCUGAAGGCAAUGACCAUAUUGAAAGAGCUUUACCACAGCACCGGGCAAUUGAGGUUGGGAACAGCGACAUUGGUGAUGUUAAUAUUAUAGCAUUUCGGCAAAUUAAUCAAUUUGAUUUAAGUGGAAAUGUGAUUACGUCUUCUGAAUAUCUGUCCACGUUAUGUGUGAAGCUCUACAAAAGUGAAAAUCUUGACAACCCAAUUCAUACAGUCAACUUAGGCCAAUCCCUUUUCUUCCAUUUCCCACCACUGCUCCGAGAUGGAGAGAAUUAUGUGGUGCUCCUGGAUUCUACACUGUCUAAAUCACAGUAUGACUACAUCCUGCCUCAAGUUUCGUUCACUUCCAUUGGAUAUCAUAAGCACAUUACAUUGGUCUUUAGUCCCACAAGAAAGCUACCUGAGCAAGAUAUUGCCCAAGGGUCUUACAUCGCAUUGCCACUGACGCUGCUUCUCUUGUUGGCUGGCUACAACCACGACAAGCUUAUUCCCUUAUUGCUGCAGCUGACAACUCGACUGCAGGGGGUGCGUGCUCUUGGACAGACAGGUUCUGACACAGGUGGCCCAGAGGAUGUGAAGAGACAAACAAAAAAACAGAAGACAAGACGGACGUGA